GGCUGCUCCUUCAGCUGUGUCCAUCAUGCACCAAGUCAGCCGCACCGUGGAUAGCAUUACCCUCUCAUGGUCUCAGCCUGACCAACCCAACGGAGUCAUCCUGGAUUAUGAGCUGCAAUAUUAUGAGAAGGAUCUGAGCGAGUUAAAUUCGACAACAGUGAAGAGCCCCACCAACACCGUGGCAGUGCAAAACCUCAAAGCUGGUACCAUCUACGUCUUCCAGGUGCGGGCGCGUACUGUGGCCGGGUAUGGCCGGUAUAGUGGCAAGAUGUAUUUCCAGACCAUGACUGAAGCCGAGUACCAGACCAGUGUCCAGGAGAAGCUGCCGCUCAUCAUCGGCUCCUCCGCGGCAGGACUGGUGUUCCUCAUCGCUGUAGUCGUCAUCAUUAUUGUGUGCAACAGAAGACGGGGCUUUGAGCGUGCUGACUCUGAGUACACCGACAAGCUGCAGCACUAUACCAGUGGCCACAUGACUCCAGGGAUGAAGAUUUAUAUCGAUCCGUUCACCUACGAAGAUCCCAACGAGGCUGUCAGGGAAUUUGCAAAAGAAAUUGAUAUCUCUUGUGUCAAAAUCGAGCAGGUGAUCGGGGCAGGGGAGUUUGGUGAGGUGUGCAGUGGGCAUCUCAAGCUUCCUGGCAAAAGAGAGAUCUUUGUGGCCAUCAAAACCCUGAAGUCUGGUUACACGGAGAAGCAGAGACGGGACUUCUUGAGCGAAGCCAGCAUCAUGGGGCAGUUCGAUCACCCCAACGUCAUCCACCUGGAGGGGGUGGUGACCAAGAGUUCACCGGUCAUGAUCAUUACUGAGUUCAUGGAGAAUGGCUCACUGGACUCCUUCUUGCGGCAAAACGACGGGCAGUUCACAGUGAUCCAGCUGGUGGGCAUGUUGCGGGGCAUCGCGGCAGGCAUGAAGUACCUGGCCGAUAUGAACUACGUGCACCGAGACCUGGCUGCCCGCAACAUCUUGGUGAACAGCAACCUGGUCUGCAAAGUGUCCGACUUCGGCCUCUCCCGUUUUCUGGAGGACGACACCUCUGAUCCCACCUACACCAGUGCACUGGGUGGGAAGAUCCCAAUACGGUGGACAGCACCUGAGGCAAUUCAGUACCGAAAAUUCACAUCGGCCAGUGAUGUGUGGAGCUACGGAAUAGUCAUGUGGGAGGUGAUGUCGUAUGGCGAGCGGCCUUACUGGGAUAUGACCAAUCAAGAU